UGGCGAAAGAUUUGUGCAAGAAACGGGCCGCGUUGGCCAAUUAUUGGUCUAGGGCUCAGUCGGCAUGGAACGGUGGUGCGGAAAGGUGGCAGUCGUGACAGGGGCCAGCGGUGGUAUUGGCAAAGCGAUCGUCAAGUCCCUCGUCCAAAAUGGCCUGGUUGUCGUCGGCCUGGCACGGAGAGUCGAGAUAAUCGAGAAAUUGGCCGAAGAGUUGAAAGGGAGCAAAGGCGAACUUAAACCGAUGAAGUGCGACAUCAGAAACGAAGACGAGAUAAAAGGAGUUUUUGACUGGAUUGAGAAAGAUUUGGGUACUGUUCACGUACUCGUCAACAACGCAGCAGUCCUUUCAGUUCAGCCACUCGACGAAUGCGAAGGGGAAGUGUUGAAAUCCAUGUUCGACACGAACGUCGUCGCCCUCAGCCUUUUUGCUAAGCACACUCUGAAAUUGAUGAGAGAUUCGGCAGUUCCAGAAGGCCACAUAAUCAAUAUAAACAGCUAUGUGGGACACCUGAUUUUUGGAGUACAUGGAAUGGCACCUUACAGUGCAUCGAAGAACGCAGUUACCGUUUUGACGGAAGCUUUCAGACGCGAAUUGGGCGCACACAACAAGAACAUCAAAGUCACAAGCCUCAGCCCAGGCCUAGUUGAAACGGAAAUGACAAAUGGCCUAGUCGUACCCGACGAAGUCCCACAACUCAAACCGGAGGACGUCAGCGAUACUGUACUAUACGUUUUGUCAACACCUCCAGGGGUCAAUAUAACUGAGCUAACCGUGAUGAAAGUCGGAGAUGUCAUUUUUUGAGAAAGUAACUGUACUGUACCACCAUCUAGCACAAAUGUAAUCGAACUGUAAAACUCGAAACCUCACUUAUGAAUUUAGGAAAUAGUACAAAUCUUCACAAAAAUUUAAUAUAAAUGCACUGUUUUAUUUGAAAAUAAA